AUGCCUAUCAACCUAAGACUGCUUCAUCACUACCGCAACUGGAAAAAGCCAGAGCAGAAAAAACAGGACGCUAUGGUUAAAGACAACAACUUCUUCAGGUUUAAGGACAAUAUAAUCAGUGUUGUUCAGCGAUGGGAAUUGUUACAAGCCCAGGCCCAGGCCAAAGACGGGAGGCUGAAAAAGAGCAGACAGCAAUGGCAGCAGUUCAAAACAGACAUCAGAAAUGUGAUCUUGUGGCUGGAUGAAGCUGAGGCUAUUCAACGGACGCAGGUUAUCGUGCCCAGUGAUAUCAAGCAGCUAGAGGUGGUGAUUAGGAGGCACAGGGAGUUUCUCCUUCAGUUAGACAGUCGCAAGGCCAUUGUUCUCUCCAUCAACUUACUGAGUCAACAGUUCUUAGGGCAGGACAACAAGGAGAGUAGAAAUUUGAAGGAACAUUUACUGAUCAUGAACCAGAGAUGGGAAAAUGUCACUUCCAAGACCUCGCUGUGGCAGAAAAAGCUCCAGAUGGCGCUGAUGCAGUGCCACGAUUUCCAUCAGACAAUCAAGGACUUGUUGCUGUGGCUAGAGAGUGUGGAGGCCAAGAUCAAAGUGUGUGAGCCAGUGAAUAUCCACGAUGACAAAGAUACUCUGAGAUUAAAAUACAAUAAAUUCAAGGAAGUUCAGACUGACCUUGAGAGGUCACAGCCAAGGGUGACCUCCCUGAAGGAAUCCACUGACCAGUUACUGUCCAGCACAGACUCCAGUGAAGCCAAACACGUGAGGGAGAAGAUGAUCAUCAUUGACACCAGACUCAGGACCUUAUCCCGCCAAUGCAUGCUGUAUAUCAGUAAACUGGAGGUGGCAUUGGGAAUUGCUCAGAGAGAAUCUCCAUUGUCCUUUAGUCUUGACCUGUCAGAUAGUGCCAACAGAGGGCAGUAUCGUACUAGCACACCCAGAUAUAGGUCAAGGUCAUCAAAUUCUCCAUUGACACCCACCGGUUUCUCAAGACAGCUCUUGGCCAUACGAACAGAGAUAGUGAAGGAACAUGCAGAGGCUCGUGCAGAAGCUGAAACUACCGAAAGUCCCCUUGAAGGUGCAGUAGCAGUCAGACGACGCCGUCCAGCGGCAUUUCUGGUGAGAGUGUGUCGCACAGCGUUACCUCUUCAGAUAUUGCUGCUCCUGUUGCUGGGCAUUGCUUGCCUCGUACCAAUGAGUGAGGAGGAUUUCAUGUGCGAACUGCGCAACAAUUUCCAGCGCUCCUUAGAUCCCAUGUUGACUUACUUGGAUGGUCCACCUCCAGUGUAAGCCGUGGUGCAUAUGAGAUGUAUAAGCAAUGGAAGGGAGGAUUAUUCAAAAAAUUAAAAAAGGAUUAAAAAAAGAGAGAGAGAGAAAACCUCAAGAUGAUCCUAUCAGGGAUUUCACUUUUAUCCAGGUUUAUGCAGUGAUCAACUGGUUCACAUGCCAAUACCACAAUGAAGUUCUUAAUAAGAAAGUUCUUCAGAGAUCAGCACAAAAUACACAGUGUAUGUAUGACUUUUUUGUUGGAAGGCAGCAGCUAAAAAUGCCAAGUUGUAUACUUGUAGAAAUACAUAGAUUUUGUAAAUAUACUUAAGUGCAUUGCAUUUCAAAUCAUGUUUGUCAAUCAAGUGAUUGCACAUAGUAAAUAUAAUUAACAGUUGAUGUUGAUAAUCUUUUUGUACAUUUGUGUAUUUUAUGUAAGAAACAAAUAGAUGAGUGUCAGUUUUUUUUGUACAUACUUUUGUUCCACUUUUGAUGUAGAGAGAUAUUUUACUCAUGCUUACUGUUUGUGCUUUCAAAGCAGUUGUAUGAUAUGAUAUGGUAUAUGUAU